AUGGGCAGCCCGAUCCGCGGGUCUUCUGGUUCUACAAGCAUGGCGGCUGCGGCUUCUAGACUUUACAACUCGAUAGCCGCUACGAAGGCGGAAGAGGGGGAGCCGAACUUUGUGUUCUCGCCCUUCAGCAUUCUUUCCGCCUUCCAAGUAGCUCAAUUGGGAGCUCGGGGAGCCACAAGAGAGGAAAUGGAAGGGCACUUCCCCUCCUCCUCUCGCAUUGAGCUCCCUGCCUUGCGUGGCGCCCCCGAUGCCUGGGGAGCCCUGCCGCUUAUGGAGCUGGAGACUGCAAACAGGAUGUAUGUGGAAUCCUCCUCGGCCUCAGAUGAACAAUUUGGCCACUUCGCCCAGCAGGUAUCCGAACGGCUCAACUGCGAUGCUGUGCCCACGGACUUCGAGGACUCUGCGGCGGCGGCUGCUGCCAUCAAUGCAUUUGUAGAGGGCAAGACGAAAGGGCACAUAAAGCACAUUGUACCUGCUUCUGCUUUGACACCGUCCAGUCGGAUGGUUCUGGUAAACGCUUUGUAUUUCAAAGCUCCUUGGGCUUCGCCCUUUUCGCCACACCGGACUGCUACCGGACCUUUUUACGUGAAUGAUACGCGGACGGGACGUAGCGAAGUGCAGCAGGUGAAGUUCAUGCAGCAACGACUGGAGGAAGACUUUGGUUUGUUCGAAUCGGACAAGGUGAAGGUCUUGUCUAUGCCUUACGCGGACCCACGUUGCCGCCUGUAUUUGUUUUUGCCAAACAGCAUCGCGGCGUUUGAACAGGAAUUGCAACAAAAACCCGAGACUACCGAAGAGCUUGUCAGCCUAGUGGACAACACUCCCUCUUCUGACGUGGUGCUGGAUUUGUCCCUCCCUUUGAUUAAACUUGCGGCGGAACGAAACCAAGUGGGCCUCGUAGACGUGUACAAACGUUUGGGCGUGCAACUCAUGUUCGACGAGGACAAGGCAGAUUUUUCAGGGAUUUCCGGUAGCAGAAAACUUUUCGUUUCUUCUUUUCUUCACCAAGCAGACAUGCAGUGGGAUGAAAAAGGCACCGAGGCGGCUGCAGCCACUGCUGUGAUGUUCGCCGACUCUGGUCGAGGGCGUCCGAAGCAGGAGAAGGUUUUGGUUGCCAACGUCCCUUUCCUCUUUCAACUCCGAUUCAAAGAGGAUGCAGGUUCGCACCCGGUCGUGCUGCUUGCGGGCAGAGUCAUUGACGCCAAGGCUGCGCAGUGA